AUGAAUACCACACAGAGAAAAGGAUGUGGAAAAUCUUUAUGGAAAACAACACGGCAUUGUUUGGUCAUUUUUAAGAAACAGGCUAUGGAGUUUUGCCGCGAGACUGUGCUCCAUGGCUACAAAUACAUCGGCGAGCAUCACCGUCCUUUGAUAGACAGAAUCGGAUGGGCGAUAACAACAUUCGCAUCUCUGUGUUUCGUAACCAUGAUAAUGACGUUCACCUACGAUCAUUACUCCGGGGAUCGGCUCUCCUCUGUGGUCAGGUCGACCCAUCACGGAAUAUGGCAUUAUCCAUUUCCGGCGGUCACCAUGUGCGAUUUCAAUCGCGUGUCCCUCGAGUUAACAUGGAAAUUGGUUGAAAAAUUAAAACUCCCGCCGUCCGUGUCGAAGGAAUUUAUUGUUCAAGAGAUGCGACUGCUGAACGAGUUAUUGUAUCCCGGACGGAACGAGGGUAACAUUCGGCACAAUCUCUCGCGUUUGCAAAAUAUCUUCGACGCGAAUGACUUGUCGAUACCGAUGGUCAUCAAAGCGGUGACGAGAAACUGUGAAAGUAUGAUGGAUGCGUGCAGGAUCAAAACUGAGAACGUCAAUUGCAACGAACUGUUCGAGCCGAGUCUCUCUCGUGACGGAUUGUGCUGCAGUUUCAAUUACAUCACUCGGGAGAAUUCGAUCGGGAAGGAAAAGGACCCGCUAACGAUGACUUCCUGUGGAUAUCAAAGUGGACUUACCGUCCUGGUUAAUUUCAAUCCGGACGAUUACCAUGCCACUAUUGUUGAAUCUGUAGGAAUUAAGGUCAUGUUACACGAUCCCUACGAUUAUCCAGGCUUUGAUGCAACCACGAAACUAAUAGCCGUUAAUAAGUACUCGUUUUUAACUAUUCAACCGGAAGCAACGUCGUCGACAGGGACCGUUCGAAGUAUACCGUUGGCGACAAGAACCUGUGCAUUUAUGGACGAAAUCGAACCGACGGGAAUAUACAAAAACGUAAAACGGAAGUCCGUUUUCGCGAAAUACUCAUUUCGGAAUUGCCUGACGGAGUGUCGGGCUAGCGUGAUUAAAACAAAAUGCGGAUGUAUUCCAUAUUACUAUUCACAGAACGAUACUAGAGUGUGCAAUUUGAAAGAUGUCGAUUGCUUAAAUACAUUUAAGUAUUGGUACACCACUGCUUGGCCAGGAAUUGACCUGUCGCCUAAAACACUACCAACUGUGCAAGUGGACACCAAGCACAGAUCUUGUGGUUGUAAACCAGACUGUGAUUUUUAUCAUUAUUCUGUUGAAAAUUCGGUGGGAACUCUUCAUAGUCAAAUGUUCCACCACGGUCUCAAGUAUACGAAUAACAUCGGGGAAGGGAAUCCCUCGAUUAAUCAAAGUAUAAUACAUGUAUUCUUUGGCGACCUUGUAUCCCUUCAAUACAGACGAGAUGUACGCUAUAGCUGGCGUCGCAUAUUUGCGACAUUUGGUGGUCUCUUCGGAUUAUUUGUUGGCUUUAAUCUGAUGUCUAUCUUCGAAUUUGUUUACUUUUUUGUUAUUCGCAUUAUAACAGACGUACGUACAAAAACAAAAAAUGGAAAACAGAAAACAUAAACAAAUUAUUAGUAACAAGGUCAUCCUAUAGUAAAAAGAUGCACAUACUUUUUAUUUUG